CACAAGUUUCUGUAAAAUACGGCGAUUGAACCUAGUUAGUUUUAAAAGGAAUGUAUGUUAAGACGGCUUGCCAUAGGAGGUUGCCUCCGUCUAGUGUUCGUCAUAUUGUGGGAGGAGCUUUUGUUGUGACAAGAGCGACUGCUGCCUCUUCUGAGUUUGUCAGCCCAGCUCCCGAAAAUAGAAGCCGUGUGUCAAUGUGACUGAAAAUACAUUUAUGUCACAGUGUAUCCACAGGAGUCACUGAUACACAGUAUCUAUAUACAGCGAGGGGGACCGCGAAGAAAAAAAGGGCAUUUUACCCGAGGAGGAGAAAGCACCAGAGAGAAGCAUUGAAAGCAAAGGAAGAAAGAACGUAAAUAAGACUUGAGCUGGAUAUUUUGGGUUCAGGACUGAGGAUUGUGCCGCUUCGUUUGUUAGGAUCGUGGUGUGGACACCUCAGGAAAACGACAUAGACAGAAAGAGAGUGAGAGAGAAAGACUCGAGAAGAAAGAGUGGAGUACAAUGUGCUAGGGGAGUGAAGGCAGACCAACUCUCGUGUUUUUCUGAUAUUCUCACGGUGUCAGAGAGACCAAGCAGGACGCCAAGAUGGGACGGAAGAAGAUACAGAUCACGCGGAUCAUGGAUGAGAGGAACCGGCAGGUCACCUUCACAAAGCGGAAGUUUGGUUUGAUGAAGAAAGCUUAUGAGCUGAGCGUGUUGUGUGACUGUGAGAUUGCCCUGAUCAUAUUCAACAGUUCAAACAAACUCUUUCAGUAUGCCAGCACUGACAUGGACAAAGUCCUACUAAAGUACACAGAAUACAACGAACCCCACGAGAGCAGAACCAACUCUGACAUUGUAGAGGCGCUUAACAAGAAAGAACACAGAGGCUGUGAUAGCCCGGAUCCUGACGCCUCAUAUGUCCUCACCCCUCACACAGAAGAAAAAUAUAAAAAAAUUAAUGAAGAGUUUGAUAAUAUGAUGCGAAAUCAUAAAAUCCCGACGGCCUUGCCCCCGCAGAACUUCUCCAUGCAUGUGGCUGUGCCAGUGACGAACCCCAAUGCCAUGUCCUACAACCCCGGGGCCUCUCUGAGCAGCCAGAGCCUGUCGGUCGCCACUGCCUCUCUGAGUGACGGUGCCAUGCUGUCUCCUCCUCAGGGUUCUCUGCACAGAAACGUCGUGUCUGGCGGGCCCCCACAGAGGCCCCCCAGCACAGGCAACGCAGCAGGAAACGGCUUUGUUAACCCGAGGGGCUCGCCGGGGCUUCUGGGUACACCCAGCGGGAACGGACUGGGUAAAGUCAUGCCUGCGAAGUCACCGCCGCCACCGGGGGGCAACAUGGGCAUCGGUAGCCGCAAGCCAGACUUGAGAGUCGUCAUCCCCGCAUCCAGCAAGGGCAUGAUGCCACCCCUGCAGUCGGAGGAGGAAGAGAUGGAGUUGAACACUCAGAGGAUAAGCAGUUCCCAGGCUCUGGCCACACCGGUGGUCUCCGUCACCACCCCGAGUCUGCCACCACAAGGCCUGGUCUACUCAGGCAUGCCCACUGCUUACAACUCUGAAUACUCCCUGAGCAGUGCUGAGCUCUCCUCUCUGCAAGGCUUUGGCUCUCCAGGGCUCUCUAUAGGCUCAAUGUCGGCAUGGCAACAGCAUCAACUGGGCCAGGCAGCUCUCAGCUCGCUGGUAGGUGGCCACUUACCUCAGGGCUCAAAUCUCUCCAUCAACACCAGCCAGCAUGUCAACAUUAAAUCAGAGCCCAUCUCUCCUCCACGUGAGCGCGUGACCCCGUCCGGCUUCCCGCAACAGCAGCAGCAGCAGCAACAGGCUCCCUCCGGCCGUCCCGACAUGGGCCGCUCGCCCGUCGACAGCCUCAGCUCCUCCUGCUCCUCCUACGACGGAAGCGACCGAGAGGAUCACCGGCCUGAUUUCCACUCUCCCCUCGGCCUGGGCCGACCCCCCGCCGCUGGGGGCGAGGAGAGAGAGAGCCCCACGGUCAAGCGCAUGCGCAUGGACACCUGGGUGACAUAGAGCUUGACGGCCAGUCAGUCACACGCAGGGCUGGGCAGGGGGAAAGGGAGAGAGGAGUGACAGCAGGGAGGGUCAUUAUUGUUAUUAUUCUAUUGAUAUAAUUUAAUGUCAUUUCACUUUUUUGUUUUUUUGUAAGUAGGUGGAUGGGGAAAGAAAUGGAAAAUGUCCUGACAUAUCGAAAUUUAACAGAUGUGAGGGGAGAAUUAGAGAAAUUCUCAAGUCGAGCAGUCGGAAUGAAUGGUGUACUCAAAAAAACAGGUGUUAUCAGGUACUUGAUGCAAAUUGCAUUGUGGGAUAGUCCAAUGUAUGAAGAAAACAUUUCGAUAAUUGUUGUCACUGGUGCAGUUUGACACUCGUAGCUGUUUUCGCUGUUGAAUUUGCAAACAAUCAAAGAAAGUUUAGGGGCGGCUUUCUGUUGGAAGCCUCCUGCCUGUUGGGCUCAUGUAUUAAACAAUCUGCAUCUGCACUCGCCCUUAUAUGAAGUAUGUCACUUAUUAAUUUAUUUAAAGGUAUUUGACGAUAGAUUCGGAUCGGUUUUACGAGGGAAGGCUUGUAUCUAAAAUUUCACCUCAGUUCAAAGAAAUGAAAAUGUCUCUAAAUUGAUCAUUCUUUUUAUUUUUGUUGGUGUUUUUAACAAAUAGGAAGAGAAAAGGUAGCCGUCAUUGUACAUUCAUGCAGCUCCGACAACUCAAUGGUAACGCAAGCCAAAGCCUCUAUGUAAUUUUGUCGUACUGUAGUUUGGGAAUUUUCAGCAUUUCUCUCUCGAUGUUUGUUUUCUGUCAUAGUGUGCAUUGUUGCAAACCUUGGAAGACGAUUAACAUGCAAAGCAGAUCUUGAAACGAUAUCUAAAGCCAUGAACACUUGCUGUUCUGUUUGUAAAUUAAAGAUUUGAGCCAAACCUUUUUUUUUUUUCUUUUGUUAUGUACAUAGCAACUUUAAUAUAUAUCACUUUUGGUGUAAGUACGUAUGUAUUGUACCUUCACCAGAUUCAAGAAAAAGUAUAUUUUUGUGGAUUACUGCCAAGUUUACAAGGCGAGAUCCUUAUUAAGUAGAGUAUUCACUGGUUAAUAUUUACUAUUUUGUUAACUAUACUGUACUUUCUUCAAAUCUGACUAUUACUGGUAAUAAUCAAAGUGUUUUUUUUUUCCUAGAAGGUCAUUUUUGGGUCGUUUACCCUUUAAUGGUGGUGAAUGUCUGUCCAUAAGAAAUCGUAACAACAGAGCUGUAUGAUUCAGGCUUAAGUGUCUAUUUUGUUUUGUAAAACGAUACUCGUCAUGCUAAGAAAAAAACAAAAAAAAGUUUUGUGAGGGAUUAUUCUGCAGCUGCC